GUAAAUAUUUCUCUCUAUUUGAAGACAAGUUGAGAUGUCAGUAACCUGACCUCAACAGAACGACAAGCUGUAGUUGGAAAACCUGACGCGUGAGGGUAGAGAACAGCACAGACAUAAGAGAAGGACGUAAAUAAUUGCCUCAUUUAGAAGAUACAACAUCAGAACAAACCCACAGAUAGAUUAAUCUCAGCGGUUCUCGAGGUCAAAUCUGACAUCAUCAUGUCUGGACUAACAUGUGGACUGGCGGUUGUGUUCAUUCUGUACCCACUGAUGGCAAAAGGAAGAUCUAAUAAUGCAGGUAUGUGUUCAGCGCCUAUGACUUUACCUCCCUUAUGUGCGGACAUGCCCUACAAUACAACGAAGUUCCCAAACUCUCUUAAUCAUCUAAACUUGGAUGACGCAGCCCUUGAAGCACACCAGUUCUUUCCAUUGAUAAAAGUUCAGUGCUCAAGCAGUCUCAAGUUUCUCGUGUGUUCUACGUAUUUUCCCUACUGCAGUCCACUGGUUGGCACCAUGCCAACGUGUAGGCACAUAUGCGAGGACAGUAAACGUGACUGUGAAAGUCUUAUGAACAAGUUUGGUUUCACUUGGCCGACCUCAUUGAACUGUGAUAAGUUCCCUGACAAAAAGGACGGCAGUUUGUGCUUAGAUAUGCUACCUACAACCAUCAGACCAACGACAACAACAACAACGAUGAAAACAACAGUAAAGUUAAGGACACCUCAACGUAAAAGGCUUCCAAACCAUAAAGGUAUGUGUUCUUUGCCUACGACUUUACCGCCUUUGUGUUCGGACAUGCCCUACAAUACAACCAGCUUCCCAAACUUUCUUCAUCAUCGAAACCUGGAUGACGCAGCCAUUGAAGCACAUCAGUUCCAUCCAAUGAUAAAAGUUCAGUGCUCUAGCAGUCUCAAGUUUCUCGUGUGUUCUACGUAUUUUCCCUACUGCAGUCCACUGGUUGGCACCAUGCCAACGUGUAGGCACAUAUGCGAGGACAGUAAACGUGAUUGUGAAAGUCUGAUGAACACGUUUGGUUUCACUUGGCCGACCUCAUUGAACUGUGAUAAGUUCCCUGACAAAAAGGACGGCAGUCUGUGCUUAGAUAUGGAACCUACAACUGUCACACCAGCACAAACAACAGCGAUGGAAGCGACAGUGAAGCCACCUGAGCGGAAAAGGCUAGGAUACCGCAGGUUACUGGUUUUGCUCAGGAAAACUGCUGGAGACAUCCGUGAUAGCAUGCAGUUCCUCUACAGUGCACUCUCUCCAUAGAGACGGGCAACAUUCCUGAUUAUCCCAUUUGAGCAACGGGGAUGUUUGAAUAAGCUAUGCUUAUGUGUAUACUUUCACAUAUGGACACUAGAUGUUAAUUUGUCGGGGACAUGUACAGGAUACUGCUGACGAUUACAAAACUUUGUGUUUAUCCAAGGAAGAGAUCCUGUUUGGAAUGUUGUUAUGGAAUAAGGUUAUAUUACCUGUAAGCAUGUUGUUAAGAAGUAGUAAUUUUGUUCUUUAAUCAGAAAAUGGCAUUCUAACAUGUGUUACUUGGACAUGUUCGCUUGUAAACAGUCUCAAGAAAAAGGUCAUCGGAAUGGAUAUGAAAUUUUAUAUUUUCCUGAAAUAUGUAAAUUAGAGAUUUUGUGCUUUUAUAUAAUAAACAUUACACUUGCA